AUGUUGCAGAGGGUGUCCCUCGUGGACACUGUUGAACAAUGCCGCGCCGUGACCCGCCAACUGCUCUUACAAACAGAGCUGGCAGUGGACGUGGAAGGCAUCGAUUUGUGUCGAACAGGCCCGGUGGCUUUGAUCCAAGUCUGCACACCCAAAGGGGAAGUCUUUCUCUUCGACAUCACCGCGCUUGGGCGUGAUGCUUUCAGUUUGGGACAGUUGAGCCUCGUACUGGAGUCCGAGCGCAUCUGCAAGGUGAUCUACGAUGGUCGCGCAGAUGCUGACGCUCUCUGUCAUCAGUUUGGCGUGCAGCUCCGCCACGCCUUUGACCUGCAGGUUCAGCAUGCCUUGCGCUACAGCACCACGAAUGACAGGUAUGUGAAGGGUCUGCAAAGGUGCCUUGAUGACUCUGGCGUUGUGCCACACUUUGAGAGGGCCCGAAUCGAGCGCAUCAAAGAGGUUGGGAAGCGCCUGUUUGUGCCCGAGCUUGGAGGCCGGUCCAGCAUCUGGAUAGAGCGCCCUCUGCGGCAAGCCUUGGUGGACUACGCAGCAUGCGAUGUCAAGUACCUCCUGCGAGUUAAGGCCUUGUGGGCAGGCGCCACAUCGCAAGCUGUCUUAAGGGUGACCCGUGAACGGCUGCGAGGUGCCAUGACUGCACAGGUUCCGGCCAAGGGCUCGCACAUGAGUGUGCGCGACUUCUCCUUGGGCCCCCAUGCGCAGUACCUGGGCAGGGAAGCCGUGGCCCAGCCGCGAUGCUUCAAGUGUGACAGCACGGGGCACCUGGCCAGGUCUUGCCCCCUUGACGAUGAUGUCUUCGAUCUUGGCUACGGGAGUGACCGCGUCUACUACGAUUCUCCACAGCACUACUCUGACUACUCUCCACCACUGACGUUUCGGGACAUAGCUCCUGAUGGCUACAUUGACUCCUCCGGCAACGAGUGGUGA